AUGGAGGCAGUAGCUGAAAAGGUUGAGGUUAUUGUGUGUAGCUCUGAGAAGAAACAGGGUUCAAAUGAGGAAGAAUGGAGCACAAUGCUCAAAGUGGGGAGAUGCCGCAGUGUUCCCAGAUCAAGUACCAUGAUAAUAGCUUGGAAUUUAAGGGGGCUAAAUAAAAUGGGGAAAAUCAAGGAGAUAAGCUCCCGUUUUGUUGGUCUAAACCCUGACAUAGUAGUGCUUAUUGAAACAAGAGUGAAGGAUAAUAAGGCUGGUGCAGUAAGGAAUAAAUUGAAUCUUAGAGGUGAGUAUGUGGAUAACUACCAGAGACAUGAAAAUGGAAGAAUAUGGGUGUUUUGGAAUGAUAAUAAAGUGGGUCUAACUGUGGUGAAGGUUACUCAGCAAAUGAUACACUGCAGCAUUCAUGACACUAUGGGGAGAUGGAGAUAUUGGCUGACUGCAAUUUAUGUUAUGAACCAACUGGAACAUAGACAGAAAUUGUGGAAGGAUAUUGAGGACAUACAAUGCAACCAGCAGGGGCCAUGGUGCAUUAUUGGAGAUUUCAAUAAUGUGGUGACUAGCAAUGAUAAGAUAGGUGGGAGACAGGUCCAAGAGCAUGAAUACAAAGAUCUCUGCAGCAUGAUGGAGAGAACUGGACUGUAUGAGAUGGACAGCACAGGUGACCACUUCACUUGGACUAACAAACAGAGAGACAAUGCUAUCUACUCAAGGAUUGAUAGGAUUUUGGGGAAUAUAGAUUGGCAUCAACAACAUAUGGACUUUACCCUUCACAUUAUGUCACCCAGUGUAUUUGACCAUGCUAUGCUUUGCUUGAAGGAGAACCAGUUGAGUAGAAUCCAGAGGAAGCACUUCAAAUUCAGGAAUUGUCUGGUGGAGAUGGAGGGAUAUAGCAACACUGUGGCUAGGAGUUGGAAUGAGCAUCUGCCUGGGAGACAUAUGUAUGUGGUUUGGAAGAAAUUGCAAAGGCUCCAGCCUCAUUUGCGAGCCCUUGGCAAGCCACUGAGAGAUGUACAGAGAAACAUUGUCUUGGUCAGAAAUUUGCUGUAG